UGGUUGCUUGAUGAGCUACCACCAGGCUCUACAGAACCAUUCGGCGAGUGACGCUUUAGCUCUUUACUCAGUCGCCUCACCUACACAACCGUAAGAAUCGGUGCCACAGCGUAUAUUUUCAACCACAAAAACCUUUGCGGUGCAACGAGUACUCUCAUAAGCGAUCAGAUAUUCGACGCUCAUCUGCUGAUUUUGUCGAAUCAAGAAGGUUCACAAAAUCGUGCGUAUCCGAGGAUUACCGCCAAUUUUCCGAGUUUUAUAACUAGUGUGUGUAAUUGUGAUCUUGCAGUAACGAGUUAACAUGAAGUUCAUCCUGGGAACCGUUGCCUUGCUCGCCGGACUCUGUAUGGUCCGCGCUGACAAUAAUAAUUCCACCGUAAACUUCACCGCCCAGUUUUCUUCUAUCGCCCACAUCGGCAAUGACCUGCAGACGUUCACCAGCCAGCAGCUGGAAAAAUCAUUCGACUUCCUGCUGCUUGCGUUCAAUUUUGACCAAUACAUGAUUGAUCGUCCCGGAUUUGAGAAGCUGUACCGCAAGAUCUCCGACAAGGCCUGGGAGGACACAGAAAAAUUGAUCAAGUAUCAGAGCAAACGUGGCCUCACCGUCGAGCUGAAAGAUCUCAAAGGCGGAGUUAUUGGCCAGCUGAACGACGGCAAAGUCGGCGGCAGUAUCUCGCUGCUCGACAGCGACGAAAUUUCCUCGCUCAAAGUCGCCCUCGGCUACGAGAAGAUCCUGGCUGAAGAGAGCCACCACAUCCACAAGAAGAUUUCCCACGCCCACGACAACAAGGCCACGUACGAUCCGGAUGUGGCCCACUUCCUGGAUGAGGAAAUCAUCGAGUACCAGAGUGGCACGAUUCGCAAGCUGACCGGCUACAUUUACAACCUGGACAGCAUCAUCAAGGAGGACAAGACCAAGGACUUGGGCAUCCACAUGUUUGACGAAUACCUGGACAAGGUGGAGUAGGGAGCGCGUUCGCGCUGAAGCUACGCUACGAUGCGUAGUGAGUUCAGAAACAUUCUUAUUGCUUCCUUCCCAUAUCAAUCAUUGUGUAUUAGUGCAGUACAACUAUCUAUUGUCUGAUGAAUAAAGGUCUGUAGAAAAGCGGAAA